GGGGCGCUGGUGGUCAUUCGGUCGGUAACGCAAGUGGGUUCGGGGGGAGCUCUGGCGGGUACAAUGGAGCUGGUAAUGGGUACGCAGGAGGCGGAGGGGGUUUCGGAGGUGGUAAUAGUGUUUGCUUCAACUGCGGUAAAACGGAGCAUUUUGCUAGGGAUUGUUCGGCGAGACGUAACAGUCGGGGUUACGCGUGGAAUAAUGUAGAUCCGGAAUUAGAAGAAAUCAAAGAACAACAUAGAUGGGCGAGGAAGGAGAGGCAGGAGUUGGAGGAGAAGAAACGCCUAGAGGAGGAGCGAAAAGCAAGGGAGGAGGACGAUGCAAGGAGAAAUGCCGACUUUGCUAGAAAGGCCGAAGAAUUUAAACUACAGUUGCGGGCAGAACUUGUGGAGGAAUGGAGGAAGAAGGAGUGUGAGGCAAAGAAAGCGGUGAAGAAGAUGAAGCGUGGUGAUAGAGGUGCAACCAGGGGACGACAGCGCAAGAAAGGGAAGAAGUUUGGUAGGACGGCGAGAAAGAUCGCGUACUCGGAGACAAGUGAUGAUUCGAAUUCAGAAACUGUUGACUCCGAUACUUCCGAUCUUCGGUCAUCUUCCACUAGCUCUCACGACGAAGGACACAGGAGACGUGAGCAGGUAAGAAAAGGGAAAAGGAGGACGGGUGAACUAUCGAGGUCGAAAAAGGGAAAAUUGAGGGAGGCUCCGACGGAAACUCCACCAAGAGCACACGAGCGUGGGGAGUGUUCGAAGCAUAGGAGGGAAGAGGCUUCGAAGAAGGCUGAAGCAGGUGAGGAUCGGAAGGAGGGAGGGACGGAGCCUAAGACGCCACUAUCAGGGGGAUAUAAAGGAUUGGCCGCGGAAUGCUCACAAAAGGGGUUAAUCGAGUAUUGCAUAUCCGCACAUCGGAUCUAUUCAACGAAGAAGGCAAACACAUUGAAGAAGCUAUGCGAACGCAAGGGCAUCAAGUAUACCGGGAAGCUUGACGCCGUGGAGAUACUGGCUCGACACCAAGUGGAUAUGGCGUACAAUUGCUUUGAAGAAGGGAGAGGUACGGUUGUAGGAGCAAAAAAGACAACGGGGAUAGGGACACCAAAGCCGGGAGUCGCGAAAGGGAAAGGACCGGUAGAAACGACUGCACCGAAACCCGCGAGGGUUAUUCUCAAGUCGACACCUGCACAACCUGCUGAAGACUCGGAUUCAAACUGACGGUCAAUAGCCCCUACCAACAGAGAGUUGUGGGACAGACUUAACUACUGGCCUAAUGAACGCUCGACGUUGAG